AUUAUAUAGCAUUCAUUGUAUUAACUUUUUUAUUCAUUCUCAUAAUAUAUUAUUCUCAUAUGACAACUACAACACAUACAACAGAAAAAACAACUACAUUUACUACUGAUUGUAUUAGUGAUUCAAUGGUAAAACAAAAACGCGUCUAUUAUAAUGCAGCACCUUUGAAUAUUCCUUGGAAACGAAGACGACAAAUGCUUUCCAUUAUUAUUUGGUUAUCAAUGUCAUUAUCAAUGGCAGCUCUAUUUUUAACUUAUUGGACUCACCCUGUAAUGUUUCCUUUGGCCAUUAUAUACAUGUCUUGGAUUCUAUUGGAUCGUGCACCAGAAACUGGAGGUAGAAGAAUUCAAUGGGUAAGAGAAUGGUCUCUUUGGACUUUUAUUGCUGAAUACUUUCCUAUCAAAGUCAUCAAGGAACAAGAUUUGGAUCCAAAAAAUAAUUAUUUGUUUGGGUAUCAUCCACAUGGGAUUUUGGCGUUUGGUGCAGUAUCAUUAUUUGUAACAGAAGGUAGUGGUUUCUCUAAAUUGUUUCCCGGCAUCAUACCGCGGUUGAUGACACUUUCAACCAAUUUUCGAAUUCCAUUUUAUCGUGAACUCCUUUUAUCUAUGGGUUUUUGUUCGGCAUCUCGGUCAUCUUGUGAAUCUGCUCUUAAAUCUGGUCCUGGUCAAUCCAUUGCUAUUGUAAUUGGUGGUGCAGAAGAAGCUUUAACUUCAUGUCCUGGAACAAAUAAAUUAGUAUUGAAAAGAAGAUUGGGAUUUAUUCGACUGGCAAUUCGACAACAAGCGUCCUUAGUCCCAGUAUUUAGUUUUGGUGAAUCAAAUCUUUAUGAUCAAUACAGUGUUGCUAAAGGAUCAACUAUAGGUCGAAUUCAAAGUUUUAUGAAGAAAUGGUUUGGAAUUUCUGCCCCUUUGUUUUAUGGUCGUGGUAUCUUUAAUUAUGAUUUUGGUUUAAUACCAUAUCGAAGACCAGUAGUGAUCAUAGUUGGAAAACCAAUCUCAGUACCAAAAAUGGAAGAAGGUCAAAUAGAACCUAGCAAAGAACAAAUCUUAGAUGUACAAGCUCAAUAUAUUAAGGAACUGACAGCCAUCUAUGACAAUUACAAGGAUAUUUACGCAAAAGAUCGACAACAAGAUUUACAAAUCAUUGCUUAGACUUCCACUCCCUCAUUUUGAUUAGUCCUCC